AUGGAAUUCUAUUCGAAGUCGUUCUCAAAUCCUCGUCUUCAACAAGGAAGCUACAUCGCCGCAAAACAACCACAAUCUCGACCAAGCUCUGCGAACGCGAAGCUACGGCAGCACUGCCCCUUUUGUGAUUCCAGGAACCACACUGCUGCAAAUUGCACAACUUACACCACUGCAAAACCACGCUCUGAACAAGCAAGAAAGAGACAGCUCUGCUACAACUGUCUUUCUACUCGCCAUAAUACUCGAGAUUGUAAGUCAAAGUUUCGUUGCCGCGUAUGCUCAAGAAAACACCACACUUCUCUCUGUACAUCCGUCAAAUCGACGCCACCCAACCUUCCGAAAGCCUUUACACGUCAAGACAAUCACCAUCCUCGUCAUCCAACUCCUCCACCUGCUCGCAAUCAUGCUGACCACUUUGACGUUACUCAUAUGUCAUGUAAUGACAACCAGCCAAUCUCAAUAGACGAACUCGCCAACUCAAGUGCAACAGUGCCUGAGGAGAAAGGUAACAAUAGUACCUUUACUACAACUGAAGCAACAAACCAACCAGCCCCACUGAUGUGCACGGACGUGAAAUUGUUCAAUCCUGAUGACCCUUCUUGUUGUGCUACCGCAACCGCUUUCCUUGAUUGUGGAUCUACAGCUACUUACAUUACUGAGGAACUGGCAGCCCUUCUUAACUUACCAACUAUCAAAAGAGAAGAACUUAGCGUUUCAACGUUUGCUGGCUCUAAGCCUAUGUUGAUGGAAUGUUCGAUCCACAAGAUAGGUACUGUGACAGAAAACGGCACCAAAUGUCUCACUGUGAAAUCUACCUCUUCUUCCGCAAAGGAUGUGAUGCAAAUCAUUCCUGAUGCCAAUCUAUCCGUGACUUUAUGUAAACCAUCUAUACCGAUUGGGAACGAUUACUUUUGGGACCUUGUCCUUUCUCACAAUUUCUACUACAAAAACCUAUCUGAAGGGCAUCGUCUUCUCCAUACGACCAUAGGAGACAUCAUUUUAAAGAAAGCUCUCGAUACUAAAUUUAAACACUGCAGUUUUGUCUCUAUUGAAAACGAUGACGUUGCCAAUCCAGCAAACCAUAACGAACUGUGCGAACUGGUAAGCCGAUUCUGGAAACUUGAAUCAGUUGGUAUACUUGAUAACCCGGACCAGCGCGACGAUGACGAAUGUCUCAAACUCUUCAACAAUACUAUAUAUUACGACUCCGACGAAAAGAGGUAUGUUGUUACAUUACCUUUUAAAGUUGAUCCGGUAAAGGUCCCUGACAAUUACACACUGGCUUACUCUCGUCUUCGCAAUCAGUUGAAACAACUACAGCAAAAUCCUUCCUACUUAGAAAGAUAUCAUGCAGUAAUCGAAGAUCAAUUACAAAGAGGAAUAAUCGAACGUGUGCCAGCCGAGGAUGUUCACAAACCGUGUCACUACCUGUCCCAUCAUGGCGAAUUGAAAAGGAAUGACAAGGAUCUCAAAAUCAGGCUCACUGUGCCCACAAAACCUAAUCACUUAUCGCUUCACUCGUGUUCCAUUUGGAUUGGUUUGUUCCCCAUUUCUACUCGCCGUCACCAUACACUUCCACCUUUCCACCAUGGCCACUACUAUUUCGCAACAUAUCAUCCGUAA